UAAAACUAGCUAACUGUGUAUAAAGCAGUUAAAACUAGCUUACUGUGUAUAAAGCAGUAACUUUAGCUACAUUUCCUCUGUAUUUUCUCGAGUCUUUGUUUUCCGACUGUGUGAACUCGGUUACAAACAUGUUUCAGUACUAACUGUAAAAACUUGUGCAGGAAAAUGGCGGGCUGUUUAAGGCACUGUGCAAACAUGAUGUAAGUCUAAUGUAUUCUUCUUCUUCUGAACCGACAUUUCUUAAUUUGCAUUCUCACACUGCAGUGGCUCUGUUACCAGCAGCUGUGACCGCCACUUCUGCAUGUGGGGUUUUAUUUUAGUAUCUGCGCUCCCAUAAUGCAUCUCUCCCAUCAGACUACAUGUCUCUGAGUCAUCAGGACGAGGUCUGGCCUUUAAAAUCCACCUGAGAGCUGACUCUGCCUCCUCCGGACCGCCUCUCCGAAGGUUCGUCUGUUUGUGAUGACUGUCGAGUCCCAGCUGUUAUCAGACUCCGUUUCAUAAGCACCCGGUCAUGUGACAUCUCCUUCCUCCUGUCAGUCAUGCUGGGUGUGAUGAGGGUUGCCUCCCCUUCAGCUCUCCGGCGCCCCCCUGAGGAGGCUUUAGUCUCUCUUUAGUCUCUGUCCUGCUGUCUGUCUGCUACAGACCAGGUCCUGUCGUGUCACCAGGGUCAACAUGGCGUCCUGAACGAGGAGUUAAAUCACCGACGAGCUCGGUGAAGGUCUCCUCCCCCGGCGAUGUUCAGCCUGACUGAACGCAGCUUUAGACCCCCAUGUCUUCUACAUGUAUAUCUUAUUAGAAAGCGGCACCCAGCAUUUUACUGUUGCAGCUGAUCAAGGUGGAGCUGUUUUGAGCUAUUUGGUGUGCAUGUUGACAAGUUUAAUAUUCUUUCUGUCAUAUCAUAUAAGCUCAUUAUUCGAUCAGAUAAAUGUAGUGCAGCCUCUGAAAUGAAGUGAAGUAGAAGUGGAAAGCAGCAGAAAAUGGAAGUACAAGUACCGCAAAGCUGUGCUGACGUAUAGUUUUCCUCAGUCGAACUUCACCAAAUUGCAGUUUGACACACAAACAUGUUAAUGUGCUUUUUUUAAUCUACUGAUGGAGACGAGUCCAUUAAUCUGACCUGGGUUCAGUAUUAAAUGUUGCUGUCACAGAUGCUGCAGUGAUCAGACUGAACUCUCGAACUGAUCCAGAGUCUGUAUCUUACUGUUGUUUUUUUAAGUGUUUCUCGUCAGCCGCCGAGCUGCAGCAAGUGGGUGCAACUGCAGCAUCUGUUCCGCUCUGUGGUCAGAAGGGGGGAGGAGGAUGCUGCCUUCAUCUCCCCCUCUGCACAGUCACUUCCUCUGAGAGGGAGGGAGGGAGGAGAGGUGAAGAGAUAGAGACACAGAGACAUACAGAAAGAGUGGAAGAGAGAGAGAAAGAAAGAAGGAAGCCAUUUUGGUUCCUCAGUGUCAUGUCUGCCUGCACUUUGCUUUCUUAUUUCUGGUUUCUUUGCUUGGAAAGACUCUCGGAGAGAUAGAAAGAAGGAGUGGUGAGAAACGAGGCGGCCUGUCAGCUGGAGAGAGUCGAACGGCAGACGUCCAACUGAAGAACACCUGAAGAGCGAGGAGGACGCAGGAUGAGUUCUGACCGAGUGCCGUCCAGGUCGGAGGUGAUGGGGUGGAGCCCACAGCAGCUGGCAGACUACCUGAAGAGGAUGAGCCUGUCUGGAUGUGACAAAGCCGUGCUGAAGAACUCCAUCAGCGGCUCCAGAUUUGUGAAUCUGAGCGAUAACGACCUCCAGAAAUUCCCCAAACUCCACGCUCCGAUGAUCUCUAAGAUCAGCACAGAAAUCAGCAAGAAGGAGGAGCGAAGAGGCCUGUUCGGGAAAAAAGCGACGCCCAAAUAUCACGAACCAGACACCGCUGCUGACGUCCAGGGUUGGGCUGAAGACGAGUUUGAUGAAGAGUUUGACGAUGACUACGAGAGCCCGUACAGCGGUGAUGAGGAGGGCAGCGGGGGGGACUACGAGUCCCCGAACGAUGACCUGGACGCGGCCAACGAUUACGAACCUCCUCCCUCCGAACCUCCAGAGGACCUGGCCCACAAGCUGUGCCCCACCCUGCCCAUUGGAGACAGCGACUAUAUAGAUAACAGGGAUAACCAUGUGUCAUCCAGAGGCCCACCUGCCUUGUGUCCCCGCCCCCCCGUCUCCACCUUGUCUGCACCGUCGUCCCGGAUGCCAGGAGAGUCCUCCUCCUCUAGAAGAGACCACUCCCCUCACAGCGGUGGACGACUACCAGGAAAACUUCCUCCGGGGCCGCCGCAGAUCUUUCGUGGCACGAAACCGGGCAGAGAUUCAGGAUCCAACCAGUCCCCCAUCAGAGGACCUCACCGCAACACAGUGGACAGGCCGGCCACACAAGCGUGGAGGCCUCAGGCGGACGUCCCCGAACCUCCCACCUGGCCCAAACCUCCUAUUCUUCUUCCGUCCUCCACCUCCAUCAACAGGAGCAACUCCUCAGUCAAACCUCCCCCCAACAGGACUGAUGUGAGGAGAGAGCAAACACACGAUGAAGCUCCUAAACACAACACCUUCCCCCUCCACAAUAAAAGUCUGCCCCCCCGCCCUGGACUCCCCGGGCCCCCCUCACGCCACGGAGACAGCCUGCCGCCCAGUGUUCCCUCUGCAGGAUCUCUGCCUCACAAACUGCACUCUGCGCUGGCCGAACAGAGAGGCAGCGUGGUCGGGUCCGACAGACAGUCGUUUCGUCCUGCCCCCCCGACAGCAGCAAGCACACAGGAGCUGGACCCUCGCUGGUAUGUGGGCCGGGUGACCAGGGGUCAGGCGGAGGGAUGUCUCAAACAAGUCUGCAAGGACGGGGCGUACCUGGUGAGGGACAGCACCCGGCAGCUGGCCAACCAGCCCUUCACCCUGAUGGUCUUCUACCAGGACAAAGUCUACAACAUCCAGAUCAGAGAGCAGAACCAGAACUUCCUGCUGGGAACUGGACUCAAAGUCCAGGAGUCUUUCCCGUCAGUGAGUGACAUCAUCUGCCAUUACUCCCAGUCUCCUCUGCUCCUCAUCGACGCCAAAAACCGCGACUCCAGCCAGCAGAACCAGUGUCUGCUCUCCGACCCGGCUGGAUACUACAUGACCAGACAGAACUGGUCCUGACCGGAUGGACCGGACCGGACGAGUCAAACUAAACCCAGCAGGCAGGAUUGAGAACCUCAGACCUGUUAACUGAAGACUUGUUCUGUGAAGGUGAAAAAUGUCAGAUUUUUGCAUAUGUCGCUUCAUUUGCUGAUUUUUGACCUUUUGUUUCUAGCUUGGCGCCGGCGCUCUGUUCUUGAGUUCGAAGGGUCGGAGACGAGAAACCUUCAGAGCUCCAAAACGUUUCUGAGUGCAGAAGGUUUUAAAUUUGGAUUUCUGUAUGACGCUAGUUCCUGUACAUGAUGUUGGAUAAACGCUGUGUGUCUGUAUGUUCCACAUUCAAACUAUGUUGGUGUUUAUGGCAAACGCUGUUCAGCCGAGCUGAUUGUAUUUAAAGCCUCCAGAGUUUCACUUCCUGCUGAACUUCUGUUCAGUCUGGGACAUUUUUAAUUCACUGUAAACGUGUCGGAUUCAACUGGUUUGUGGCUCAGCUGUCCUCAUUAAAACGCCUUGAAAACA